CACAAUGCCACGUCAAUGUCCGUUGUGGACAAUUUUGAUGAGUUGGCAUUGUCCACGUCACGCAACACGUGGCUAGGAGACAGAAGACCCGAUUUCGAAGCCGAGAGAGAGAUAAUUGUCGCAACAGAACCCUUCUCAUCGUCGAGGGCGAGUCUGUUUUCGGAGCCUCGUAGGGAUUCCAUACCUUGGCCCGACGAGGAGAAGGACGAGGAGCAAUUCACUCAUGCAGGAGGAGCCAUGGAUCAUGACAAAGGAUCCGGGAAAAGGCUGCAGUCUCUCUACUCGGAGCAUCUCUCUGUCGAGCCCGAUCUGGAGGGAUUCGACGAUUUCACCAUUGCAUCCUCUUGGGAGAGAUUCAUAGCAGGGGUGGAGGCUUCGUGCCGUGAAUGGAUGUCUGCUCCCAGGCCUGAUUUGCUGGCAGCUGGUGCAGAAAAAGUUGAAGCAGUUGAUAACAUGUACUUGGUCAGCAAGGAACUUUCCUUUGAUUCCCGCAAUUUUCGUCUUGAUUUCUACUUCCAGGGUACUAGCGAAGAUGACAGGGAAGAGUGGAAAGAUGGCUUACUCCCACUGCAAGUCUGGUUCAACGUUACAGAUUUUCUGCUAAUCUCUCCAUUGGAUAUAACAAAUGGAGUGGAGCCAUCAGAAGCUUCGUUACUUCUCAGUACGGUCACUGUAGCUCUUGCCAGUUGCGGCAGUCAGUUACCAGCCUUUGUACCUGUUCAUGAAGCUAAGCGUAAAGCGUACCAAGGUAUAUUAGGCACCAAAACUUAUUCCGCUCGAUUUGAAGCCGAUCGGAUCACAUCCUGGGUUCCAGUGAAACUCAUGCAUCUGAUGGGCCUCUAUGACCUCUUUGUAUCAAAGCUGACGUUCAAAACGGCAUCAGACUUGUUAGCGCCUAGUGUGAGUGUGGAAUUUUCGAUGCGCUUAACCUACCGGACACCUGUAUCAAAGCCUCCAAAUGAUGAUGAUGUGGAUGCGGAAGGCCGUAAAGUUGUAAAGAAGAAUUGGGAUGCUAGCUGUCCUUGGUCAAAGUGGCACACAUUGGAUGAUCCCGUAAAAGGAUUUGAGCUUGUCGCAAUAUGGAGGCGACGGACAGUUACAAUGUCCACAGAGAUGGAAGAGCAGGAAAAUGGACCGACUUUGGAAGCUGAUAAAUGGCUGCUAUCAGUAGUUGACACUCCUAAAGAGAAAGACCCUGAAAAAGAGGAGUCAGUGGGCUUUGCGGGGCGUCUUCCAUCUUUGGUUCUUGCAUUUCAUUUAGCUAGUGAGGCGAAUGUUGUUGAGGACUUCGCUGCUGCCGACAAGUCUUAUAUUCAACACAUAACGCAGUCAUUGGACCUACCUGAUCCUUUUGAAGUGGAUCGGGUUCUUAAAGAAGUCUUUCAAGAAGACCAAACAGUCACUGGUUGUGGAGAGAUGACUCAAGCUUUUUCACACGGGGUGAAAGGGUCACCACCUGACUCGCUUUUUUCUCGGUUUUGCCUACACGCACUCCAAGUCGGUGGGUGCAACAUUCGAGCAAUCGCUGUUUUGUGGAUUGAAUUUGUUCGAGAAGUGAGGCUCUUCUGGGAUGAAGGGGACAGACUACCGCGCAUGGCCUUAGAUGCUACACCCGACCCGAGCACUUGCUUAAUGCAUCAGAAACUGCAAUUGCUUCAAUUGUGUAUCCAGCAAAAAGCUGGUAAGAAGUCAUCCACAGUUGUAGAGGACGCACCUAAGGUGGAACAGACUGGCGAGUCGCAAGGAAAUAAGCCUGAACCAGAAAACAUUGUUGAGAUAGUUGAGGAGACAAAGCAUUUGAACGUGGACCCUGAUGAUGAUGGAGAUCAAGAGUAUCAUUCUCCGUAUGAAAUGAGUUCAGAAGAGAACUGGCAAGCCACAGCCGAUGACCAGCUUGAAAUGGAUGCGAUAUUUUCUCCCCAGGAGGUUCGGCGCAAAGACUCUAGCAAUCGAAAGAAGCCCAAGGACCAUUCAAGCACAUCUUCCAAGUCACUCGAGCCUACUAACAAGGUCAAGAAUGUCAGUAAUCGAACAUAUAUGGCUUCUGAUGCUGUAGACCCAAAUACCAACUCUGAAGAGCCUGUGCAAUCAGAACCCUCACAGCACAGAGUAGAUUCGUCUACCGUAUCUGUGAGCAGUAGUGCUGGGGUUGAGGAAACUGUCAAAGAUUCUGGAAGGAGAGAAAUGGCUGACCUUGGAUCCGAACCUGGUAAUUGGUGGAGGGGAAUGUGGGCCAGCAACAAAUCGGAAAUGAGAGAUCUAAAUAAGGCUGUUUUUGAUUAUGAGCGCGAAGCAGAAAAGGUACUACACUACUUGGAUACUAUCAGGCCACAAGAGCUCUUAGCCCAGAUGUUGACCACGUCAUAUCUGCUGGUUGCUGACGGCUUGAGGACUCCUUUGGCGGAUUACAUGGUGUCACCAGUGUUGAUUGAGCAAUUUGAAGAAUUGUAUGCAAGGAUGGUCUCUCUUCUCCCAUCUUUGUACAUGCAAAAGAAACAAGGAGAAGACCAGGGUUCUGAUGUACACAUAGAUCUUCUACAUCUUUGCUCCAUGUUCGAGAAAGUUGAAGAAAAUGUCCUCCUUGCUGUGUCGCUGGGGCAGAAGCUCAAAGGUGCACCAAGGUUACUCGCGACAUUUCUCGACAAUUACAUUGGGAGAGAAUCCAAACCAGUUCCUCGAGUGGUGGUCGAAGGCGCCCCUCGGCAUUGGAAGGAGGGUGGAACUAGUGAAAAGGAGGUGGUAGCAUUCCUCUUUCCCCAACUUGGACCAAUUCAAGCAUGGAAGAGGAGUCUGCGAAUGGGAAACUUUUUAAAUGGGCAUGAGCCUAUCCAGCGGGAAAUCAUUUUCAGCUCCUGUUAUGAUGUGUUGGACCAUUACCGGGAUGGAAGUCGAAGGCAGCGUGUUAGCACUAAGGAUUCUUACACUCACAGAAUGUACCUUUCUGGGACAUCCUCUGAUCUCCAAGUCGCGCUCUCUGUAAUCUCCACUGAUUGAUUAGUCUUCUUCAAAUGAUUGAUAGACACAGCUCCAGAAACUCUGGGUCUCAAGUUUAGACCGGCUUACGUUGUCUAGUAAUUUGGUAAGGUUUUGAAAUAUCGCGCACCAUCAAAUUGUUGAUAAUUGGGCGCUUUCUGAACUACUGAGAUUAUUUACUUCUCGCCAGAUAAGCGAAUUUUUCAACUGCUGUACUGUUACGCUCGUUCUUAA